AUGCACUUUGACACCACAUUCACCACGGCAGACAGAUCAGUCCUUGCCCUGGCUGCAGUGCUCAUCUUCCACUUUCUGCAGCCCCUGGUGAUCACUCCGCAUGAGGAUGCGGAGCUGAGCGAAGAGGACCUGGAGCAGGCUACCCCAGAGCCACCCGAGCCUGCCUGGGGACCCCUGCUCUCGGCAGCCGUGCAGCAGGGGCCCUACCGGGCUGCUGCUGAACUGCUCUUCCUGCCUUUGUUCCUCUGGUUCAGGCCCUUGCCAACAGCCCCUCUGCAGGUCUCUGCUGGCUCCCGGGCAGGGACUCAAAGGCCGCAGGAAGGUGCCCCUGGAGAAGGCCCUGGAGAGCGCUGGGGCCAGGAGUGCCGCCAUGAGGGCAGCAAGCGGGGCCUGGCCUGUCCGUGCCUGCGGCAGGGCGCAGGGCGGGCGCUCAGGCCCUGCCAGCUGCAGCUGGGAGCUCUGCAGGGCGGCCGGCAGAGAGCCGUGGGCUCCCGCAGCUCUGCGGCCCUCACGGCUGAGGCAGCUGCCCGGGCACAGCCCGCUGGGGACACGCGGCCGGCCCGGGGCCACCCGCAGGGGGACCCUGCUCUGGGGCCAGCCCAGGCCGCAGCAGGGAGCCGCCCAUGGGGCCGUGCCCGGCCACGGAACGGCUCUGCCCGGGAACAGGGCUCCAGGAGCAGGGCAGCAGGGCCGCCAGUGCCGGCCACACUGAGAACCAUGGAGCCCAUGGUAUUCCUUUUCAUGCUCUUGAAAAGCCUCAUCCAGUACCCACAGCACGUGGCUGACGCUUUGGAUGAGGAAACACGUCUGCGCAUGGAAGAGCGUGCAAAGCAUCUGGAAUGGGAGAGGAUUCAUCUGGAGCAGGAGGUGGAACAGCUCACCCAGGAGCAGCUGAAGCAGGUAGAGGAGGAUGAACAAGACAACCGUGGGGCAGAUGAAGAGGAAGCGGGCAAUGUUGCGGCUAACGACGAAGACAACGUUGGCAAUGAAGAUGUCAAUGAGGCUGCAGUUGCAGAAAACAACAACGAUGCUGCAAAUGAAGUCCAAGAAGAAGAAGAGGAUGAUUUUGAUGAUUUCCUUGGAGAAGUUGUAAUGGAGCGCAUCCAGUGGCCUGUACAGGACCUGCAGAGAGGCUGUGAGUGGAUAACUGACCUCAUGGAUAAUUAUACCAUGUACUUUGGCCAUGUUUUGGCCAACAGUUUCUACCCGGUCCUGCAACGAGCCAUCGGGGUGGGCAGUGCCUUUGAAGGCUGGAGUCCCCGUGAGCAGGAUGUCGUCUACAGCGUGCUCAUCCCCAUGACUCCUCCCCGGGGCCACAGCUUCCACCUGGAGCUGGACAGUGAAGAGCAGAGGCACGUCAGGAACUUCCGUGUCCGCGUGCAGCUGGAGUGCACCUGCAGCAGGGAGCAGCAGGCUGAGGACAUGCUGUGCUUCCUGCACCACCCCGAGGAGGAGCUGAGCAGCAAUCAGGAUCCCAGCCUCCUAGACACCCUGUGCACCGGCUCCUACCUCGACGUGCAGAAAACUGCCCGCUGGUUUUACCAGCUGGUGAGAGCAGUCUGGCCAGCUCUGCCUCAGUCACACAACUGGCAUUUAAGGCUGAUGCCCUCCACACGCUCCUGCCAAUUCAAGGUGUCCUACGGGCAGGAAAGCUUCAGGAUUGAGCUGUUCUUUGGCGUGCGGAGAGGUGACUCAGCCAUCUUUGUGUGCAGCCAGCCUAGAGAGGCCUACACAGCAAGCACAACCUGGCCCGAGUCCUACGCUGUGGCAGAGGUUGAGUUCUUCAAGCACAUUGCCAGGCAGGCCCCCCCUGACAGCCUGCACCUCAAAUGCCUGCAGUUCUUCACCCGUCUUCCUCUGGGCUUCAGCUUUUCCACCUACACCAUGAAGACCAUUGUCAUGCACCUGCUCAACAUCACACCCGUCUCAGAGUGGCGCAGGAGAGAUCUCGUGGUACGACUGCUGGAUAUCAUCAACAGCCUGCACUUAUGUCUGCGAGCAAAAUGCCUCCACCACUUCAUUGUGGGCAACCAGAGGCUUCCUCAGGACAUCAACUUACCCGCAGAUGUCCAAAGAGCUGAGCCAUACAAUCUCCUCCAGCACCUGGCCCAGCAACCGGCUGCCCACGCCCAUGCUCUCUAUGAGUACCACAUUCUCUACAAGUGGUUCAGAAGAAUCCUUCUUGCUGAGGAUUUACCGGAUGAAGGGGAAGAGUUAUGGCUCUGA